AUGGUGAAGGCAACAAAGGCGGAGAAGAAGAUCGCGUAUGACGCCAAGCUAUGCCAGCUCGUCGACGAGUACACUCAGAUCCUGGUCGUUGCCGCCGACAACGUCGGAUCUACUCAGCUUCAGAACAUCAGGAAGGGUCUUCGUGGAGACUCUGUCGUCCUCAUGGGAAAAAACACUAUGAUGAAGCGUUCCGUUAAGAUUCACGCCGAGAACACCGGAAACACCGGAAUCCUCAAUCUGCUUCCCCUCCUUCAGGGAAAUGUUGGUUUGAUCUUCACCAAGGGUGACCUCAAGGAAGUCAGCGAGGAGGUUGCUAAGUACAAGGUCGGUGCUCCUGCUCGUGUUGGUUUGGUUGCACCAAUUGACGUGGUUGUACAACCUGGUAACACUGGUCUCGACCCAUCCCAGACAUCUUUCUUCCAGGUGCUUAACAUCCCAACUAAGAUUAACAAGGGUACUGUUGAAAUCAUCACCCCUGUUGAGCUCAUCAAGCAAGGUGACAAGGUCGGUUCUUCUGAGGCUGCGCUUUUAGCCAAGCUCGGCAUCAGGCCCUUCUCGUACGGUCUUGUUGUUGUUUCGGUUUAUGACAAUGGCUCCGUCUUCAGCCCAGAGGUUCUUGACCUUACAGAAGAUGACCUCGUGGCUAAGUUCGCUGCUGGUAUCUCCAUGGUCACCUCCUUGGCUCUAGCUAUCUCUUACCCUACCCUUGCUGCUGCACCGCAUAUGUUCAUCAACGCCUACAAGAAUGCUUUGGCUAUCUCUGUUGCCACCGAGUACACUUUCCCCCAAGCAGAGAAGGUCAAGGAGUUCUUGAAGGAUCCUAGCAAGUUUGCAGUUGCUGUAGCGGCCGUGUCUGCAGAUGCAGGUGGUGCUUCAGCCGGAGCUGCCGCGGUAGAAGAGAAGAAGGCAGAGGCUGAAGAAUCAGAGGAAGAAGACUACGGUGGUUUCGGUUUGUUCGAUGAUGAAUAG